GCCCCGCCAACUGCGCUGCCGGUGUCCAAAUCUGCGGCUCAACCUGCUGCACGGGCCCCGCGACCGCCUUUGAGUGCCUGAACGGCGCCUGCGUCCCGCUCAAUGGCCCGCUCCCCGUCCCCACCGGCUCGCCCUCCAUCAGCAUCACGCUGAUCACGUCGCCCGCCGCGCCCAACACCACCGUCUCCGUUCCCGUCGUCUCCCUCUCAGAGACCACCGUGGUGGCGACCACCAACGUGACGUCGUGGUCUACCACCGCGUUUCCGACUGGCAACCACACCGCGACAGGCACCGGCGCGAGCGGCACCCACCACGCGUCUGGCACCGAGACUGGCAAGCCUGAGCCGUCUGGUGCUGCGGGCGUCGUGCGCGCCGGCACUGAUCUCCUCGGUGCUGCUCUCGCGGUUGCCCUUGGUGCCUUGUAAGUGAUGUCGCUUCUGUGAUCCGGGAUGAUGAUACAACUAUCAACUCUUGUGUCUGUCUGUCAAUGAUAUCAGUCAUGAUCGAGGCUGUGGCAGUGUGACAUAGCGUGAAUAGGUGUAAUGGCAGGUGCUUCACGAAAGCGGACGCGGAAGUUGCGUUCUGGCACUCGGUCGGCUGCAUGAAAAAAGUAACGGAUUGAAACGGAAUGGGUAUUGAUGGAUUGGACAUACCGACAUCGUACACCUCAUCUAGCGAAAUGAAAGAAC